ACAGGCAGCCCCUGCUGGCCGGGAGUGGGAACCCCGUUUGCUCUCAACUUCAGUCUACCCAAGCACUCUGAAGAUGGCGGCGGCAGACGGAGACGACUCUCUCUAUCCCAUCGCCGUGCUCAUCGAUGAGCUGCGCAACGAGGACGUGCAGCUGCGCCUGAACAGCAUCAAGAAGCUGUCCACCAUUGCGCUGGCUCUCGGAGUGGAGAGGACUCGCAGUGAACUGCUGCCCUUCCUAACAGACACAAUCUAUGAUGAGGAUGAGGUGUUGCUGGCACUUGCAGAGCAGCUUGGUACUUUCACCUGUUUGGUUGGAGGUCCAGAGUAUGUGCACUGCUUACUGCCCCCUCUGGAGAGUCUGGCCACAGUGGAGGAGACCGUGGUGAGAGACAAGGCGGUGGAGUCUCUGCGUUCCAUCUCUCAGGAGCACUCCCCAGCUGACCUGGAGGCUCACUUCGUCCCACUUGUGAAGAGGUUGGCCAGCGGGGACUGGUUCACCUCACGCACCUCCGCAUGUGGCCUCUUCAGUGUGUGCUACCCUCGCGUGUCCAGCGCGGUCAAGGCUGAGAUCAGACAGCACUUCCGCAGCCUGUGCUCUGACGACACCCCCAUGGUUAGACGAGCGGCCGCCUCCAAGCUGGGAGAGUUUGCCAAGGUUCUGGAGCUGGAGUACAUCAAGAGUGAGAUCAUCCCCAUGUUCUCCAACCUCGCCUCCGACGAGCAGGAUUCAGUGCGUUUACUCGCAGUGGAAGCCUGUGUAAACAUUGCUCAGCUUCUGCCUCAAGAAGACCUGGAAUCCCUGGUGCUGCCAACACUACGGCAAGCCACAGAGGACAAAUCCUGGCGUGUACGCUACAUGGUGGCAGACAAGUUCACCGAGCUUCAGAAGGCAGUGGGUCCUGAAAUCACAAAGACAGACCUAGUUCCGGCAUUCCAGAACCUCAUGAAGGACUGUGAGGCCGAAGUGCGAGCCGCUGCAUCACACAAGGUCAAAGAGUUUUGUGAGAAUUUGUCAGCAGACUGUCGGGAGAAUGUGAUCAUGACACAGAUCCUGCCCUGUGUGAAGGAGUUGGUAUCGGAUGCAAAUCAGCACGUGAAGUCAGCCCUGGCCUCUGUGAUCAUGGGUCUGUCUCCUAUCCUGGGCAAAGACAACACCGUGGAGCACCUCCUGCCACUGUUCCUUGCACAGCUCAAGGAUGAGUGCCCAGAGGUGAGGCUCAACAUAAUCUCCAACCUGGACUGUGUGAAUGAGGUGAUUGGGAUCAGACAGUUGUCCCAGUCCCUGUUGCCUGCUAUAGUGGAGUUGGCUGAGGAUGCCAAGUGGAGGGUUCGUCUGGCCAUCAUCGAGUACAUGCCACUGCUGGCGGGACAGCUGGGUGUUGAGUUCUUUGACGAGAAGCUGAAUUCCCUCUGCAUGGCUUGGUUAGUGGACCACGUUUACGCUAUUCGGGAGGCAGCUACAAAUAACCUGAAGAAGUUGGUGGAGAAGUUUGGAAAGGACUGGGCUCAGGCUACCAUCAUCCCAAAAGUGCUGGUCAUGUCGAACGACCCCAAUUAUCUGCACAGGAUGACCACUUUGUUUUGCAUUAAUGUUUUGUCUGAUGUGUGCGGGCAGGAAAUCACCACGAAGCACAUGCUGCCUACAGUGAUCCGCAUGGCAGGGGAUGCUGUGGCUAACGUCCGCUUCAACGUUGCCAAGUCUUUACAGAAAAUAGGACCCAUUCUUGACAACAGCACUUUGCAAAAUGAAGUAAAACCAGUGUUAGAAAAGUUAACCCAAGACCAGGAUGUGGAUGUGAAAUAUUUUGCACAGGAAGCACUAACUGUUUUGGCCCUGGCUUGAGGACCCUCCUCUAUCAUGUUCUUAUUGACUGCUCAAUUUUAGUUUCUUGUAGUGUUCAUAUGACCAUUUGUUCCAGUAACACUAAGCCCCCCUCUUACUCCCCACCUCCCUCACCACCAGUUUAAGAAUCUAAGCUGCUGGGCUGCACUGCGUUCUGUUUUCCUGCAUGAACCCCAGAGCUCUACCAGAGUCUCCUCUAACUCUGUUCAGUGGCAUAUCUAACUAUAUACUCUUACCUGCAGCCAACAACAGUCCCACAACCCUUGUAACCCUCCCCCUCUGUGACUGAUGCCAACACCGCCGCUGCUAUCUCUGUAUAAUGUAAUAAAAGCUUUGUGCUCUUUAUAAAGUGUUUUGCGCUCUUU